AUGGCCCGCAACUUCCCCGAAGACACAGAACGAGCUAUUCGAAGUCGCGUCGGCUCUCAGUUCGCUGAUCACGAGCUCAACGAGCUCCGCGGGCAGAUCGAGAACGGCCACACAACUCAAUCAACCCAACAAGCUAGCAAGCAGACAUCUGCACCACCUUUGCUCGCAUGCAUGCCCCGCACCAUCUUCAUGGUCAGAUAG